AUGACAGGAAGAGAUCAUUCUACUGUCCAUGAGGCACAUAACAUCUGUGCUAGACAGGCUCCACAACAUUUCUAUAAUUCUCAACCUGGUCCUGCUUAUGUUCACGAUAUGGAUACAUAUAAAAAAAUGUACAAGGAAUCUAUUGAACAACCUGAAGAAUUUUUCGGGAAAAUGGGUCGCGAUUUCUUACAUUGGGAUAGACCAUUCACUAAAGUACAAUCCGGUUCCUUAGAGAAUGGUGACGUUGCUUGGUUUUUAAAUGGUGAAUUGAACGCUUCUUACAAUUGUGUCGAUAGACACGCGUUUGCUAACCCUGAUAAACCUGCUCUUAUCUAUGAAGCUGAUGAUGAAGCUGAAAAUAAAAUUAUCAGUUUUGGAGAAUUGUUGAGAGAAGUCUCCAAAGUCGCAGGUGUACUAAAGAGUUGGGGUGUCAAGAAAGGUGAUACUGUUGCAGUAUAUCUACCAAUGAUCCCAUCUACUGUCAUUGCUAUGCUUGCAAUUGCUAGACUUGGUGCUGUCCAUUCCGUGAUCUUUGCUGGGUUUUCCUCAGGUUCAAUGAAAGACCGUAUUGUGGAUGCAGGCUGUAAAGUUUUAAUCACUUGUGAUGAAGGUCGUAGAGGUGGGAAAACUAUUCACACUAAGAAGAUCGUCGAUGAAGGUUUGAACGGAGUCGAUUCUGUGUCUCAUAUCCUUGUCUUCCAAAGAACUGGUACUGAAGGGAUCCCAAUGAAAGCAGGAAGAGAUUUCUGGUGGCAUGAAGAAACCUCUAAACAAAGAGGUUAUUUACCACCUGUAUCAUGUAACGCCGAGGAUCCAUUAUUCUUAUUAUAUACUUCUGGUUCUACAGGCUCUCCUAAGGGUGUUGUCCAUUCCACUGGUGGGUACUUACUAGGUGCCGCUUUGACCACCAGAUACGUCUUUGAUAUCCAUCCAGAGGAUAUCUUGUUCACCGCAGGUGAUGUCGGUUGGAUCACUGGUCACACUUAUGCAUUGUAUGGUCCGUUGGCCCUUGGUACAACCUCGAUCAUCUUCGAGUCCACCCCUGCAUACCCAGAUUACGGUAGAUACUGGAGAAUCAUCGAACGUCAUAAGGCUACUCAUUUCUACGUAGCUCCAACUGCUCUAAGAUUGAUCAAACGUGUCGGGGAAGAAGAGAUCAGUAAAUACGAUAUUUCUUCCUUAAGAGUCCUAGGUUCAGUUGGGGAACCAAUCUCUCCAGAACUAUGGGAAUGGUACCACAAGACCAUCGGUAAUGAGGAUUGUGUCAUUUGUGACACCAUGUGGCAAACCGAAUCGGGUUCUCAUUUGAUUGCCCCAUUAGCAGGUGCCGUGCCAACUAAACCUGGUUCCGCUUCGGUACCUUUCUUCGGUGUCAACGCUGCUAUCAUCGACCCAGUCACAGGUGUCGAACUGGAAGAAAACGACGUCGAGGGUGUCCUAGCUGUGAAGUCUCCAUGGCCUUCCAUGGCUAGAUCCAUAUGGAACAACCACGCUCACUACAUCAACACAUACAUGAAGCCUUACCCAGGUUACUACUUCACAGGUGAUGGUGCCGGUAGAGAUCAUGACGGUUACUAUUGGAUCAGAGGUAGAGUUGAUGAUGUUGUCAACGUUUCUGGUCACAGACUAUCAACUGCCGAAAUCGAAGCCUCUUUGGGUAACAACGACGCUGUCUCAGAGGCUGCUGUCAUUGGUAUCACCGAUGAACUUACAGGUCAAGCUGUCAUUGCGUUUGUCUCCUUGAAGAACCAAACCCAGCCAGCUAACCCAUUGGAAGAUGAAACCCCAAUGAAUGAAUUACAUCGUGAAUUGAUCCUACAAGUUAGAGGUGAAAUCGGUCCAUUUGCCUCUCCAAAAUGUAUUGUCAUUGUUAAGGACUUACCAAAAACAAGAUCCGGGAAAAUAAUGAGAAGAGUCCUAAGAAAGAUUGCUUCCAAUGAAGCUGAUCAAUUAGGUGAUUUAUCUACUUUGGCUAAUGCUGAUAUCGUUCCAUCUAUCAUCAAUGCCGUUAACAUGCAAUUCCUAAACAAACAAAAGAAAUAA